AUGCUAGGUCUGGAUAAAAAUGAUCAUGCAGCUCAAUUGGUACUAACACCACCACCUAAUCUCGACUUGGCAACAUGUAAUCCGACUGUUUGUAAAUCGUCAUCUUUAUCCUGUUCGUCGAAUCUUGAUUGCGAGUGUUUUUCGCUGACCAAUCCAAUUAAUAAUGACAGCUCGGGUAUUUGUGCUGUUGCUGAUCUGUUCUGUGGUUCAAUGGUUCCAUGCAAUUCAGAUAAUGUUACAUGUUCAAUUGCACAAACAAUUUGUGUUAAUAGUACACGAUGCCAGCAAUCUGCUUGUUAUCCGAUGCCAUUGGCUAAUAUUCAAAUAUGUCCAUCAGGUGCGUAG